UUGGAUUCCGAAUUUCAACUGAAAGAGUCAAGAGAGUCUGAGGUCAAAGAACUUCAAGAAGAAACCUCAUUCGCUUUUCUCAAUAACAAGACCAUUUAACUAACAACAUGGCCACUUCUCGACUACUUCUCAAUGCACCUCGUAAACUCUUAUCUCAAUCUUUAAAUCGUUCUAUCAUUCCAUCUCAUUUAGGACGUUCUUUGGCAACUUCCAUUCCUACGUCUGCUUUUCCACAAACUCAGAUCACUACACUUUCUAAUGGGCUUACUGUGGCCACCGAACCACACCCUCAUUCUCAAACUGCGACGGUUGGAAUCUGGAUCGAUAGUGGAAGCCGAGCAGACAAACAUGGUGGCACUGCACAUUUCCUCGAACAUCUCGCUUUUAAAGGCACACAAAAACGUACUCAACAUGCCCUAGAACUCGAAAUUGAAAACUUGGGCGCUCAUCUCAAUGCCUACACGUCGAGAGAACAAACAUGUUACUUUGCUAGAAGUUUUAGUGAUGAUGUACCCAAAGUAGUGGAAAUCAUUUCUGAUAUUCUUCAAAACUCAAAAUUAGAUGAAGGUGCUAUCGAACGAGAAAGAAGUGUGAUCUUACGUGAACAGGAAGAAGUUGAUAAGGCUCACGAGGAAGUUGUUUUCGAUCAUCUUCAUGCGGUUGCAUUCCAGGGAGAGGAUUUGGGUAAGACCAUCCUUGGUCCAAAGGAAUCGAUCCUCUCUAUGCAACGCUCCCACCUAACAGAUUACAUCAAGUCCUACUAUACUGCCGAUCGAAUGGUCUUGGUCGGUGCUGGUGGCAUUCAACAUGAAGCAUUGGUCGAACUUGCAAGCAAGAACUUUGGAUCUUUACCUACCUCUUCUUCGCCCAUCCCACUUGGUGGUCGUGGUCAAAUUCGACCAACCCAAUUCACCGGUUCAGAAGUCCGAAUUCGAGACGACACUAUGGACACGAUUAACCUUGCUAUUGCUGUAGAGGGAGUUGGAUGGAACUCACCUGACUUGUUCCCUAUGCUUGUCAUGCAGUCAAUCUUUGGUAACUGGGAUCGCUCGCUCGGUUCAAGUGCACUUACCAGUUCACGACUUUCCCAUACGCUCUCGACCAACAACCUCGUGAACAGCUUUUUGUCCUUCUCAACUUCUUACUCUGAUACCGGUCUUUGGGGUAUCUACCUAGUUUCAGAAAACUUGACCAACCUAGACGAUCUCGUUCAUUUAACUUUACGUGAAUGGCAAAGAAUGGCAACCGCACCCACAGAGAUGGAAGUCAGCCGUGCUAAAGCUCAAUUGAAAGCUUCAAUGUUAUUCUCUUUAGAUUCUUCUAAUAAUAUUGCAGAUGAUAUUGGUCGACAACUUGUGACUUCUGGAAAACGAAUGACACCUCAAGAGAUUCAAGCAGCUGUUGAAGCGGUUACACCUGAGACUAUUCGUAGAGUGGCUCAGAAAUACCUCUGGGACAAAGAUAUUGCCAUUGCAGCUUUAGGUCGGACUGAAGGAUUAUUAGACUACAGUCGUAUCAGGGCUGAUAUGGCAUCUCUCUUAUGGUAGAAAAAUGUGAAAUAUGUUUGAGAUUUGAUUUGUUUGGUUUUGCUUUGCGAAUUCAUAAAAUGUUUUGAUGGUUAUACAAUCCAAGGUUUAAUGACCGUAUUGGACUGAUAGAAUUCUCAGUGAAACUGAACCUAUCAUAGAUAAUAACCUUUUCUUUUCUGAAAUGAUUUAUAUUGAAAGUUUUUUUUGGUUAACAAUG